GACACGGAACCACCCUGCACAGACCAUGGGAGGCUCCCACCUCAGCGCCUUUCACAUCCUACAGGCGCUGUGUGUCUUGCUGACUCUGUUGGAAGAUGGACCCCAGAACACCAGGGCCUCUGCCUGUAAGCUGUUGUGUCCUUCAAACUCCAUAUGUGGCGCUGCCAUUUCCUGUCAAUGCAAUCCGGGAUUCAAGUCUCCAGCUGGGGAGACCAUCAUCCACCCGUGGGAGACUUGUGAAGGUACAGAGGCUUGGGGUGGUGGAGGGCUACAUGGAGACAGAAUGGUGGAUGGUGGCCUCAGCCUUUGUUCUCAGACCAUCAUGAAGGACAGAGAAAAGAGAAAGAAAAAGAUAUGAAGGUGGAAAAUGAGAAGUGAGUAAACAUUG